UAGCUUCAUGACCAGAGUGAGUGAGAUUGCAAAGUGUGCGAGUGCUGAAACUUGAAUCGAUCAGAACUUGGAAGCAGAGAGGAGCUGUAGUAAGAAUGAUGGCCAGUGGGCGGUCCGAUGAAGAAGCAGUAACUGAAGCAAUCCGACAGAAGUUGAAUAGUGAGAAAGUCAAGUUAUGGCUGCCUCCAUACACCCAGGGCGACUCCACAACGGGAGUCUACUCAGAGGAGUUUGUCAACCGCUACUCGUCCGAAUUGAACGUGCAACAGCAGAAAGUAGUGGCCACUUUGGAGCGGCUGCGACAGCAUGCCUUGGCCAAACUGGCCUCCAGGCAGAACAAGUCAGGGCCUAGCAUGGCCAUGCUGAAGGUUAAACUGACGGGGGCGGUCCCGGAGGGUGCGUCUGCUGCCGGUGAUCAUCUCGACAUGGAGGUGCCGUUGGAAAUCAGCGGGAGAGAGCUGAGAAAAAGGAUUGCUGACAGGAGCCACGUGACGGAGGACCACCUGAAGCUCAUCAGUUGCGGUUCGGUCAUCCAGGAUGAACCAUCUAUCCACAGCCAGCACGUCCGGCAGGGCUCACAGGUCAUGGUCAUCUGCCUGUCCCAGAGCGAGGUGGAGGCAAGGCGGCGUGAGGAGCAGGCCUCCAAGCUGGUCAAGACGAAGGAGGCUGCCGCCAUCUUGGCAAAGAGGAAAGAGGGUGGUCACCGCAGUCAUAGUGAGCAGUACUUCCUCCAAAUCGCUGACCAGACAGGGAAAGCCAUUGAUCUUCCCGACAGUGAACGGGAAGCUCUGUCUGUCGCCCUCACGCUGAACGAGAAGGGGAGGGCGUGUCUGAAGAGGAAGCAGUAUGGGGAGGCGUUGCUGAUACUCCUAGAGGCUGACAAAGCAUUCAGCCAGUGCCGGUCUGAAAUUCUAAAUGCUGUGGACAACUAUGCCGUACUGUGCCUUGAUAUUGUGUGGUGUUACCUCUGUCUUCAGAACGUCAGUGAACUGCCGGACGCAGAGGCCAAACUGAGAACCUGCGAGGAGUGUUUCAGACGCAGCUACGGUGACAACCUCCAGCGACUGGCAAGCCUGAAAGGCGAGAGCACGAGGGAGCUGGCGUUGUAUGUGAGGCUGUACCUGCUUCAGGGUAUCCUGGCCUUCUAUCAGGGACGGCUGGAUGCUGCCCAGGCACUGCUGCAGAAAGCAGAAGGCAUUCUUGCAUCCCUACAGGUGGAUGAAGACAAGCUCAUGCAAGUGAUGUCCAUGGGCUUUGAUGUGCGGGAGGCCCGGCUGGGCCUGCGGGCUGCCUUCGGCAACGUCUCAGCGGCCGUGAGCAAGAUAACGGAACAGAGGCAGAGGAGGAAGGAGAUCAGAGAGAAGGAGCUAGAGGAGCAGAAGAAGAAGAGGAGGGAACGGAAACUGGGGAAGACGGCCAACGGGGGCUGGGUGAAGUUGGAAGUCUACAACACUCUCCUGUCGAUGGGGUUCCCCAAGCAAGCGGUCCUGGCUGCCGUCAAGCAGACUAACAACGACCUUCACCUGUCCAUCCAGGCCAUGCAGGAGCAACCGGACCUCUUGAUGCUUGGGGACAGUGCCAGUGAGCCUUGGGAAGGAGAGGUGACUGAUGAGAUGAUAGCGCAGGUCCGUGAACUCGGCUUUGAUCCUGAAGUGGCCCGACUGGCAUUAUAUCGUUACCAUGGCAACGUUGGGAAGGCAGUCGAUGUCCUGAUUGCAAGAGGAGGGGUCUUACCUCCAGAGCCUGUUCAGGCAUCUUCUUCAUCAGGAUCGUCACGUAGUCGCACAGGAGCAUCAGACGAUGAGGAAGAGUACUUGACAGAGGAACAGAAACAGGCCAUCGCUGACAUUGCCCCGGACAUUCCUGACCACGAGGAAGACUACUUAGACCUGACGCUGGAGGAGGAGGCUAGGUUCAUUCAAGAGUAUAAAGCCCGAGUGGCCUCAAUCAACAGUUAGAGAUGUUUCACUGAUACAGGCUUGAUUGGGAGACUUGUGCCUGACAAUGAAAGAGGAAGUUAGGUUCUCACAAAUGUACAGCACACUGCUGGCAUCAAUCAAAAAUUGGAUCUCAAGCCAAACUAAAGUUGCUGACUGGGACUGAAUAGAGAGACCAAUAGCCUGCGUGGAAUCCGUAGACAAAAGGAGACUUAACCACUACCAGCCGGGGACUCCGAAAUCGGAGCCGUUUGGUUUAUAUGUGUGGCCGGGGUCUCCGAACU